GUCAUGUUAAAAGAGUGGAAUAUAAAGGAUAAGCUGAAAGAGGGUCUGAAGGACUUGGGAGGGCUGAUAGGCCUGGGAGGCAACACCACCACUGAGUCCGAGUUUGAGUACUACGACGACGAGGCCUUGUCUACCAAUAAGGACGGCGUGGUUACCGACGCUGACGGCAACGAAGUGACCACAAGUGGGUGGGAAAAGUUGUGGGAAGGGCUGGACAUUCAAACGGAAAUAGUAGAACCUGUGAAAAGCGAGGAAGAAAUCGACGAAAUAUUAGCCGAUAUUUACAGAUAUGGAGACAAAGAUCGUAAAUAUCCGACUGAAUUCAAAAGUUGGCUUGAUACAUUUUGCAUCAAUAGUACGGCAAAUGUCAGAGCGUUGCGCAACUAUUUUAACAGCUAUUUUUACACCAAAACUAUCAUGAGACAAUUCGCUGAGCAUAUGACCGUUGGCUAUAAUGAUUUGAGCAUGGCCAUGUGCAAUAAUAGCAAGAUGAGUGAUGAUACUAUUCAAGUCAUUGACAAACAAUUACCAUUGAUAAAUGAGAAGUGGGACGUGUUUAAAAUGCUCCGGGAUCAGUUUAUGAUUGUCGUGGCCAACGCUACCGGAAUGAACCCUAAAAGUAGAGUUAAAACAAUGCUCUGUCACUUCGAGCACUACAUAUACAAGAUGUCGAGUGUAUUUCCGACCGAAAAUGGAGGGCAAAUAGCGUUCGACGAGUUGAUUGCCGUAUACUUUAAACCGGCGCUCAAAUACUUUGAGGGAAAGGGACACAAACCGCAGGACAACUGUCCCUUCGAUGCCAAAGAGGCGGCCCAUCACGCGAGCAAAGAGGUUAUCAAAUCAUUGCAAUUGGGUUUGAUAAAGGGCCUGGAUAAUUUGGUCACCCGGGCCAGAUCAAGGGUACCCAAACUGGCACAUAAAACCAAAGCCAAAUAGGUUGAGU